GGCAUUUUUCGGCGUGCCCGAGCACUCCGUUGAGGAACAAGGUGGGUGAAGGCACUACGCGAGGGGCUGAGCACACCAACGCACAUGCAUCACAUCGCUUCAGCACACAUGCAUGUGACUGUGCUACAUAUGUAUAUAUUCAUGUGUUUGUCGGUAGCGGUAGUCGGCCAGGCCAUGUCGGGCGUCUCCGGUUCCCGCCCGCCCCCAUCGUCGUCAUCGUCAGCCCACCCCCUUGUGUCGAGCGAGGUGGUCAUGUUCCUGCUGUAUGUGGACCAGAUCAAGCUCCUCGAGCAUUUCCCCUUACUCACGUGGCACUGCGUCUGCAGGUGGUAUGUAGGUGAGUGGGUACGGAAGGGAACACCACACAGCACAGCCGUCGUGAGUCAGUCAAUGGACGGGUGGAUAGAUGGACGGCUGUGUGCGUGUCUGUGUUGUGUGUGUCUGUGUUGUGUGUGUGGUCAGAUUCUGCGCAUGAGGUGUCUCGUGAGUUCACCUUUGAGCGCGACAUCGUCGAGUUGGGAUUCUGCAGCUUCCUCGUCAUUCCUGUCAAACGGGUACGUAGCACAGAAUGGCAUGCAUCAAACACGGACACACAAUGGCAUCCAUCCAUCCCACACACACAUGCAUGUCUAUGUCUUAUGUCAUAUAUAUGUCCUUCCUGCUUUUCGUUCCUCUCAGCUGCCGACCGGCAAAAUCCUCUCGCGGAAAGUGUCGCUCACCCUUUCAUUCGUCAGGCGAUCGAUGGGGAACGAAAAUCGCCCGCACUCAACUAACUACGUGCCUCCGCAAUCGGUGUUGUUCUAUCUGUGUGCCCAUUUAGGCAAAUGGUGAGCACAUUGCCGUGGCCUUCCUCGACCUCAAGGACUUCGGAUGCACAGAAAAGUUCAAACGCUGCACAGGUGAGGUGGGCAGAAGAUGGAAUACGUCAUGUCCGAAACCACGAAGCCACCCACUGUCUCCCUCCCUCCCGCUGUGUGUCCGUUGCUUGCUCUCGUCGGUUCCAGUUGAGCUCAAGAACCAGGCGGGCGUCUUCGCCGUUGUCCAGGUAGGUAUGCAUACCAUCCGCAAACACAAUGAGUGAUACAUAGACAGACAAACUGGAGCCACAUCCAUCCUUCCACACGACCUUUCUUGUCCUCUUCCUCCCUGCCUUAUUCACGCACCAGUUGUAUUCGGCAUCCCAGAAGCGUUGGGAGGGCUCGCCGGUGCAGCGGCCCCCCGACCCGUCCAAAGGCGCCUUCGUGUCGCCCGAGCGAGACGCACAGGCCGACUACCUCUUCCAACACAUCACAGGGGGAGGCGGCCCGCCACCACCGGGGGCUGCUGAGACGAGGGCAGGGACAGAGGCGAGGGAUCAAGUGCAGCGGACGGACCACGGUCAGUCAGGGAAUCGACCCACUUACACCCUCGUUGGCUGAGGCUUUACCUGCCAUGUGUUUUUCGUGGUUGUGGUUGUGUAGAUGAGCCUUCCAUUUCUGGACCAGGGGAAAGACGCACCGGUGUGUGUGUGUUUUCUGUGAUGGCUAUAGCGCCUACUGAUAUGUGUGCGAGCUGGGAAACCACCCUCUUUUAUGUGUGUGUGUGUGUGUGUGGAUCAGGUCGGCCAAUGCCUGUGGGACGGCGCAACAACAAGAAAGAUGCGCCAGUGAGGGGCACAUCGCAGGCAUCCCCAGCAUCGGCAGCAGCAGCAGGAGCAGGAGUACCAUCAGCUGCAGGAGGGGGCAGAGACGAUAGACGGAUAAGGCAAGGACAAAGAGCACGAGAUGACAGUGAUCAGAUCAGAUCACACCACUCCGUAUUGAAUGCAUGCCUUUGUGUGUCCGUGUCCGCGAUCAGCAUGAGUUCAGCCGACCAGCUGCUGUCCGAGAUCCUCCGAGAGGAAGCCGUUGCUUCCGCUGCUGCCGCUGCUGGUGGUGGGAGCCACUCAUCCGACCAGCCAAGUAACAGAUGCAGACACAGAGGCACACGUGUGCCUAUCCUAUCCUCCUUUGCUCCACAGUGAGCGCCCCUGCAGGUGCAUCUGGUGCUGAUGGCCCUUCUGGAGCCACUGCGGCACCGCCACCUCAACACGCGGACGACGAGGCAGCAGGCGGCAGUAUAGAGCAGAAGAAGCAGGAGGAGCAUCGGCCUGCUGCUGCCAGUGAGAGAAGCGGGGAGCCGUCGGCACCACCUUCCGUCAGCGAAGACCCGCUAAGUACGUACGCCAUCGUGUCGGCUGGUUGAUGGGAUGGCUACAUAUGAUACGUAGUUGCAUUCCCUCAGCACAAGAUGUGAACGUCUCUCUCUCUCUUCCUCUCUCUCUCUCUCUCUCCCUGUGUGUGUGUGUGUCGUCAGGUUUGAUAGACAAGCUGCUGCAGGGUGAGGCCAUCCACAUCGAGGGCUCGCCGGCCAGCUCACACCGCAACACAGGGGAUGAUGACUUGCACCACACGUGAGACACCACACCCGAACCGAGACACUUACUUCACGCAGAGAGAAAGAGACGCCACGCCCAGCUCCUCGUCUCUUUCUCGCCUGUUUAGUGUGCAGGCUCCCGACCAUAGAAUGGCCGGGCAGCAGGGAGGGAGGGGGGGUGGGGCUGGGGAUGGGGAAGGGGGCGAGGAAGGGGCCGCAGUGGAUGAGCAGCGAGGCGAAAGGUACCUCAUACAGCGCCUCUCGUUAGACUCAGAAGGUGCGACCCCUCGACCGACGAAUCAAUCGAUCGGCUCUGUACUCUGAGCUGCGUCAUGUGUUGGCAUCUUUUCUGCAGGGAUGGGAUUGCGGCUGCGAGAGGAGGAGAUCCACGCUCAGGCUCCUGUGCCACCGACGCAGCCCGAACCCACCACCAAGCCACCUUUACAGCCAUCACAGCAGCCACUCCCUCUCGCCGUCCACCCACCCUCAACACACGAAACAGCGGUGGCACCCCCACCAUCGUAUCCGGCCUACCCCUACUCUCCCGCCCUCGUAUCUGCCGCCCCUCUGGUGGCCAUCACGCCGCCCUCACCCUCAGCGCCCCUGUCUCACCCCGUCCAGCCAUAUCGGAGCAUCACUGACGUGCGGGCAGUGCCAGUGGUGCCACUCUCAACGCAAUUCCAGCAGCAGCAACAGCAGCAGCAGCAGCAGCAGGAUCGCAUUUUCAAAGUGGUUGAGAGGCCUGUCGGCCCAGCUGACAGACAGAGAGUGCGGGAGGAGGGGGGUGGUGUGCAUCGUGCGGUGACGGCCCCGCCGGCCCCUCGACCAUCGGCCAAGGAGGAGCACCCCACCGACUUUGCGAGCAUCACAUCCAGCCGAUACUGGGCACAUGUCCCUCUCCAGCUAUCAUUGCAGCCAAAGGGACAAGAAGAAGGGAAUAUGCAAAAAGUGCGCAUCACGGGCUCGAUUCCACCCAGGAAGGACGACGCGCCGACAGAGCGUCGGGAUGUGUCAGAGGGGAAAGGCGGCUUGGGUGAGGACGGUGUGGGUGGCGGCGCUGCCGGGGGUGAGGAGGGCGAUCGUCGUGGUGAGGUCAUGAAUUUGAACCUUGACAGUGAGGACGAGCACGAGUUGGAGUUUGUGGACCCUUUCGCGGACGGUGAGGACAUGCGCAAGUGGCUCAGGUACGUACGUACGUAGAAUAGGAGGGAGGUUGCACAAAGAGCCUCCAGAGUCUCCACCCCCCCAAACACGGGGGGAAGAAAGAGAUGGUGUGAGUGAGACAUCCUGCCAUCCAUUCGUUUGCCCGCCUGCAUCUAUGCAGGUCUAACGAGGCUGUGGGGCAGCGUGCAGUGGCCGAUGACCGACAGCCGAAAGAGACAGUGAGUGCACACAUGGGCGGCGCCAGUGGUGUGGGCGGAAAACGUUCUGCAACCGGCUGGAUGGAUGUACACAGCACUCACUGCCCUCUGUCCUCUGUCGCUUUCCUGCAGGCUCUCGACAAGGAUGACGACUACCUUCCCGCAAGAAUCAAAGCCAUCAUGGUAAGGGAGGGAGGUGGUCGGGUCAAGCGCCGCACGGUAUUCUGCGGGUCAUCCCUUGCUCUGCCGUCCACUCAGCGGCUCCGCGAGGCCUCUCGGGAGUCACUGGAGGCCGCCCAGCAGCAGCCACUCGGCAAACUGAAAGGCCAGGGACCUGCACCAGCCAUGCUACAGCAGCACCCGACAGCCAAGGCAAGCGACCCAGCUGGCUGGCUGUGUGACACAACACACCCAUCGUCUGUUUUGUUUUGCGUUGUGUGCUCGGCAGGGCCUCGCUGUGCGCGACGCCUUUCUGUCCCGCGCUGUGGAUGACCGGUGGGGCUCGAGAGACCGCCAUCUUGCCGAGCUGCUCAUGAGGAUCAACGAGUCGAGACAAAAGCUCAAGUACUGGACUCUCACUGUACAGCUCAUCGAUAAUGAGUAUGGAGGUGCUGGAUGUUGUGUCGUUCGUUCAGGAAUGAGUGGCGUCUGCUGGCCGGCCCCACGGCAUGCCAUGGCAGGAAAGGGGCAGCUGACGUCACCAGGCCGCCCCGUGACGCCCUGGGCUGCGUACUCGACACUCUCGACGUGGCCGACAAAGUCUGCUGGCAGGUGCUAACGAAGGCACACAGAGGGAUACAGGCCAGGACAGGGUCCCAUCGCGUGUGGAUGGGAUGGCGUGCAGAUGUGUGUGGACCUGCUGGCCUAUGGCGAGGCGCACGACGUCGACCUGGCUGAGUUUCUGACCGCAGGGAUGGACGACUCAGGCAAUCUGACAGGUGAAAUGCCGGCAUUCUUCCCACUGGUAGGUAUCAUGGGAGGGAGGGAGGGAGGGAGAGGGGGAAAGGUGGCCGACGUGGCUGUCUGCCUGUGUGUGUAUGCGUUGGGCACAUCUCUAGGCCCAUCUGGAGAUGCUGGCAGCUCUCAAGGAGGAGUUUGCGGCCCUCGACCAGUCGCUGGCGCCGGACACCCACCCCCAAGGCCACCAAGAAAGGACGGACCAGCCCACCACCCAGCACCACGAGUGAGAGUAGAAAGAAGACACACGGAUAACAGCACACAAAGCCAUGGCACCCCAUCCGUUGACCGAUCUGGUCUGGCUGCGUGUUCCAUCAGGGACGCACCCCGUCCCCGUUCGCUGUCUCCUGCAAGCCGCAGCCGCGACGCAUCGCCCCCGUCUCCUUUGCCAAUCCUCGCCCCGCCCUCUCCACCCUCACAGCACCGCCGCGCCAAGCCGAGGCCGCCCAUAUCGCCUGACGCAGACGCCGAGAUUCACCAUGUGCCGCACGUUCGGGAGCCGCCGAGAGCCGACAGGCCCCGUUCGUCCAGCAAGGCCGCUCCUGCACCUCUGGCACAAGAGGCGGCGCCUCCAUGUAUCGGGGGCGGUGGCGGGCAGGGAAAGGGGCAGAGACACAGUGGGCGAGGGGAGGAGGACGGUGGUCGUGGGGGUGUCUCCCCCUCACCAAGGUCGCCAACAUCGCCGGGUGCCAAGUACAGGGCUAUCAUGGACAAGCUGGACCAUAGGGCGGCAAAAGGCACAUCGCAUGCGCACCGCAGCAAGAGAAGGGACAACAAGGAGAGACCAUUGGAGAGCGGCGGCCCUUUCGCCUACACGUCGAUGGAUGAGGGCCCCCUGAGCGACAGCGACACGGACCCCCCGGCAGCACACGCCACAAGCGACACCUUUGCUGCCAAGCUGAAGGAGAUGCGGGCACACAAGGGCACCAGACGAGGGGGCCUCGGCAGGCACGUGCCAUCCCCCGAUAGGGCUGCGGUGGUCGAGAGGCAGAGGGAGAGGGAGAGGCGGGGGCUGCCGGGGGGAGGUGGGAGGAUUCGCGGCAAGGGGUACCUGCCCUGUGGCAAGACACAAGAGAAUCUCGUCUAGUGGCUGGCGGGUGGUUGUGGCUGGCUGCGUCAGACGUCCGUGGUGGGAUGAGACACAUCUUGUUGUGACUAUGUA